GAAUCUUGGCAUGCUGACCUAGUUUUCUGCAGCUCUGUGGGUUUGCAGUGAGAUGCGGCUGCAGCUGCCGACAGUCGCUCUAUUGUUUCAGUUAGUUUCUUUAAAGGAAAACCAAUAGCGAGUGAGCAUCUCGCUUGCCUCAGGGUACAAUUCAAUGGAAGCAUGUUUCUAAAGUCUCGCAUUCAGCGCUUUGUGAAAACUUUACAAGACUGAACUGAGUCAACCCACAGUUUAUUUUUAAUGUUGGAUGGGACUACUUUUCAUAACUUACACUUUUGCUGAACUUGUUAAAUACGAGACAUGCUGCUGGGAAGUACAUGCCAUGCCAGCACACUUCCUGCAUUUUUGCGGACACCUACUCUGAUGAUGCAGCCAUCACUUGAUUUUAAAUCAUUUAUACCUUUUCCAAUGGAUACUGGCUCUGCUGUUGGACUUUUCCCAAAUUUCAACACGAUGGAUCCCGUGCAGAAAGCAGUCAUCAACCACACAUUUGGAGUUUCAGUUCCACCUAAAAAGAAGCAAAUUAUUUCAUGUAAUGUCUGCCAGCUCAGAUUUAAUUCGGAGAGCCAAGCCGAGGCGCACUACAAAGGCAGUAAACAUGCCAAGAAGCUCAAAGCACUGGAGGCCACGAAAAAUAAGCAGAAAACUGCUUCUACCAAGGACAGCACAAAGGCUAUCACCACCUCCACCACAACCACUGCAAUCACUCCCAACAGCUCUGAGAAAACAGAUGCAGUCAGGCUGGCAUUCAACAGUGUAACUGUGAAUAAUCUACUAAUACAUACGAGUGUUGGCACUGUACAGCCUAAAUCCGCUUCCAUUGUCGGGGAAACUGCAAGUAUGAAUGAGCAUGCAAGAAAGACAGUCAUAUCCCUGGCAGCGGUGAGUGUGGAUGGGAACGCAACCCCUGCCACUGAAUCAGAAGAAGAAAAAGCAAAAAAACUUCUCUACUGUUCACUAUGCAAAGUAGCUGUAAACUCAUUGUCGCAGCUGGAAGCACACAAUACAGGCUCCAAGCACAAAACAAUGGUUGAAGCUCGGAUUGGAGCCGGACCUAUUAAAUCAUAUCCCAGACCAGGAUCAAAAGCUAAACUUCCAAACGGUACAAAAGGUUCAGGAUUGCAAAACAGGACUUUUCAUUGUGAAAUGUGCGAUGUUCACGUCAACUCAGAAAUUCAACUCAAACAGCACAUAUCCAGCAGGAGGCAUAAGGACAGAGUUGCAGGAAAACCAUUGAAACCUAAAUACAGUCCCUAUAGCAAACUGCAACGCAACUCAACUAUAUUGGCAGCUAAGAUAGCAUUUCAGAAGGAUUUAAUAAAACCAUUGCCACCUGGUUUUCUUUCAAAUCCUUUUGCUGCUGCAACUAUGGCCUCUCCGCUUUCCCUCCACCCACGUCCUGCUACCUCGCUGUUCCAGACGGCAUUAACACCUGCCCUAUUGAGGCCAGCACCUGGACCCAUUCGCGCAUCACCUGGGUCAUUUCUCUUUGCGCCUUAUUGAUGCUUUCUUAUCGAGGGACAACACGAGGCCAGCAGAGAUAGGAAAACAAACAACUUAUUUUUCUUCCUUGUAUUUGUCCAUGCUGUGAAGUAUACAGAUUGACACCAGCUCGUAGCAUCUCCAUGAACAGUUGUGAUCUCAGUGCUGGUGUGAUACGACUCUUAAUUAAUUUACCAACACUGGGUUGUGUUUGCAAGGGAACUUUUAUGGAGUUAGUCCUUACAGUCUAUAACUGUUUUUAUUUGGAAUGAAUCUGUCCACAGAUGGAAUCCAUCUACAGGCAAACAUUAAAUAUCUGUUGCUACAGACUUAACAUCAAGAGUCUUCCUAAUAAACAGAGGUAUAAAAAAUAUAUAAAUGAAUAUCUGGUACAUAAUGUAAUGCAUUAUGUGGUGAAUUGUGAAUUCCUUAUGAACUGCGUCUGUAGUUUAAAACAACGUUGUGAUGUCAGGGAUUGUGAAAUGGCUGUUACAGACCUGAAUACAACACUGUUGUAACUUGUAUAGUGAUAGAAUUGUUCAGGUCUGAUUUAAAACUCUAAUGGUAAUUUAUGUUUAGUUGCAGUGUAGUUGCUUGCAGAUCUAUACACAGCACUCUGCAGACUUUUUUUGUUAGCUUUUCUUCAUUUAACUUCUUGUUUACAUUUAACACCUCAGUAAGUUCAUAACUUGCAGAUAGCACAGCCUCAUGAGAUAUAGUUCAAAUUAAUAUGGUUUCAAUUUUGCCCUGUGAUAAAUUUGUUUUAAGUUGUUUGGUAGCAUUUUUUGUCAGUUUUGCUGCUAAAUAAUGUGAAAGAUGCGUUUAAAGUAUCAGCUCGGUGUAUUGCACAAUUCAUAAUGAUUCUCUAGCAGAACUUUUUAAAGAAAGAUAUAGAUCUUUUAUUUUACACAAUCAGAAAUUUUCUUCUGAUCACAGAAUUCUUCCAUUGUUAUGUUUAGCUGUAAUGUUGCUGCAUUAAUUUGUAGCACUUCAAUGCAAUAAUGUACAGAAAGUAAAUAAUUUUAGAAAAAAACAACAUAAUCUUAGGCUUUACUGAACGUGUUGCAAUACCAUCUGCCUUGAAAAUAAAGGCUAACGAGAUAUGCAGUGCACAAGCAAAAUGUUGCUGUUUCUAUUUUUUGGUACUUGGGGAAAACAUGUAAUAAUGGGGUAUAUCAAUCAACUGUUUGUAAAAUGUCUGUGGCUUAAUGAAUGUUAAAAUGAAACUGUCACUGUACCAUUUGAGGAACAAACAUUUUCCUUAUAAACCUUCAGUCUGAAGAAGGGUCUCGACCCGAAACGUCUCCCAUUCCUUCUCUCCAGAGAUGCUGCCUGCCCUGCUGAGUUACUCCAGCAUUUUGUGUCUGUUUACUGUAAGCCUGUUACAUGGAAAGUAUUUUCAAAAUGUUAGUAAUAUUAUCCAACCUAAAUACAUCCCUUCGUCGUUUCAGAGUGAAAUAUUAAUAAUUAACUAAACAACCUGAACCCAUGGACAAUAUUAAACUGGCAGUGUAAAUUGAUCUGGCUAACCUCCUCUUAGUUUGAAUAUCUUGUUCCCUUUGUAAUAAUGUAUGCAGAAUGAUUGAAUUCUAACUAGGGUACUAUGAUUCAUAAAUGUGAAGAUUAAGCAUUACAUUUUAUUUUUCCAAAGCUCAAUUCUUCCAAGUGUAAAAGACAUUAAUAGGCAACAAAGGUUCACAAAGUCAGUAACAGUGAAUUUUCCUAAGGAGGUUAGUAAUAUGACAAUAGCAUUUAAAAUAGAGGUGUAAAUUAAUCGUGUCGGAUCAAUGGAAAUUCACUGAAUUAUUUAAAAGGAUUUGUUAGGAUGCAUUUCUACAAUGCACUUGAGCCUCUCAGUCACUAAAUUCUCUCAUUUCUUCCUUCGCCAUGUUCCCUUUUUCAAAAGAACAAGCUAAAAGGGUUCAAUAAAUCUUCAAACUUAAGGAUUAAGCAAAAUUAUGAACUGCUAGACAGUAUAGCCUAUGAUUUUCAACCAGAGUGUCCCAAACUCUAUCUGCCAGGAGACCCUGAAAGAAGAUCAGGGUCAUCUUCUUCGUAUAUUUUAUCCAAAUAGAUCUUUACAAAGCCGCAUAUUAAAUAAUGGGGAGGGAAGAAAUAUUAUCAGCGACAGUUAUCCGAAACAGACUUAUGAUCAGUUAAGAAUGCAGACCUUGCACAAAAAUCAAUCUUGCAACAUCUUGUUAUUAUUGAGUCUGUUUGCUUCCAUCUAUCUCUCCAGCCAUAGUAUCUAAGUAAAUUCAAAUUUAGAUUCAAGAUUCAUGGGUUUGAUGUAUCUUACAUCUUACCUCAACAAUUUCCUUUACCUCCACAACAUAGGCUCUUAAAUUGCUGACACUAAUGGUUCACUGUUUUGUCCAUCAACCAUCUAUGGGCAUUCCUUCAAACUGCUGCUCACCAAUACUCCCUUGUCAGAUGUCUCUGAUAUGCUGCCUCAUUCCGUUUUCAAAUGAUUUCUUGGGCCUGGCUUUUCUUUUAAUAACGUGCUGGAUUUCUCAAUUCAAUUUCCCCAAUUGCAACCUAAUCUUUUAAAUUGUGGCAUUUUAAAUGCAAAACAUGUUCAGCAUAACUCGAGCUUCCUCAAUCUUUUUGGCUGGGCUUGAACCUCUGCCAACAAAACUGCUCAACCCUCCAGUAUGAAUUAAUCAGAUUUGAAAAUGUUUGCAAAGUGGACACGUUUUGAAGGAUGCCUUGUGUUUUCUGCUUUGCUAUAGCGUGAGAAGGAGGGUAGCAUGAAUAUUAUCAAUCAUGUCGGAGGUUUCAUGUUAACCAUUAAAUAAUGAUGUAAGGGCAAACAUCCAGAUGAAACUGUUUGAAAUACUCAAUUGCUUCUACAAAAAAAACAAAAUGUAUAAGGAGUGCCGUCGUAAACAUGUGUGAUAAGUUUUUUGUGUGGUGUUACUGGUGUGAGCAAUCUUUGGAAUCGGGCAGGAUCGAUGUGAAGAAGCAACCUCUGCCUUGAGGAAAGCUGGAGACAGCUGGAGGAGUCACCCAGUCUCUUCAUGAACCUGUUAUGUUUCCCACGGCGGUUUUAUAUAUAUAUUUUAAUUAUUUAAAGAACUCUGAUCUCAAUCUAACGACAGAAUAGCUUUGUAUAUUAUUUUAAAGGUCACUUUCAGCAUUUGUAAAUGAACCCACCUACUCCUUGUAUCUUUCUCCAUGGUGACGUUUUUCUGUUUCCAUUUCCUCCUUGUGAUCAGUAUACAGUUUCCUGUCAACAUGUAAAUUAUGUUCACUGCGAUUAAAAGCACACGUUGUUAUAAUAUGUAAACAGAUUUAAUAAAAUGUAGAAAAGACAA